AUGGGCUCUACGACCGUCUCUUCAAGUGCUCCGGCAACGGCUUCGCCUUUCUCUCGGAGGACGUUUGGCCGUGCGCCGUCCCCGCCAGUCUGGGCAUGCUACGAGCAAAUACCGUACGACGAGUACAGCGACGAGUCUGACGACUCCGAAGAUGCGGAUGACCAUUCCUCCUGCUCUGAGGACGACGAGAACUACGGAGUGCAGCGCUGCGAUGGUACUGGCGAGGUCGACAACAUGGAUAUGGACGAGGCCGGGGACAGCGCCGGAGAUCAGUCCAACAGCAAAGACAUCAAGGGCAAACAGCGUGCCGUCGACCCUGAACCUCAGUCUCCUCCCAAGGCUAAGAAGCAGGACAAUAAGCGAAAACCUCGUCAACCUGUUUUCAAUCUCCGUCCGAUUCUGACCAUACAGAAGAGCCAGGGCUUCGUUUGGAAUCAGGAUCUUUUUGUACCGCCGUAUAUCAAGGAUCGAUACAUCGCGUCGACUUCUCCACCCAACGCGGACAAAUUCCUCACCUCGUCUCUAGGUGGCUGCGAGGUUGAGGUUGUGGAGAUCCGCGUUGAGGAAGGCGAGCUUGACCAGAUUAUCCCUUGA